UCCUAAAUUGUAUUCAGGCACCGCGUUAGACAGCAAAACCCAGGGCUUUUGGCGUUAGCCCCUUCCCGGACCCGAUUCUUUAAGUGUAUGAUGCGCAUGCGCGCGCCCUCUUUUCCGGUGGGGAUCAUGGCGGGCGUAGAAGGAAAGAAGGUGCCAUCUGUUCCAGAAAGCCUUUUGAAAAAGCGAAAGGCUUUUGCUGAUAUAAAAGCCAAGCGUCUGAAGAGGCUAGUGGUUCAAAAGAAGCUUCGUAAAGCGCAAAGAAAACUCAUCUAUACAAGAGCUCAGGCCUAUCACAAGGAGUACAGGCAAAUGUAUAGACGUGAGAUUCGUAUGGCCCGAAUGGCACGCAAAGCUGGCAAUUACUAUGUACCUGCUGAACCAAAACUGGCCUUUGUGAUCAGGAUCAGAGGUAUCAAUGGAGUUAGCCCAAAGGUCCGUAAGGUAUUGCAGCUCCUUCGCCUGCGUCAGAUUUUCAAUGGCACAUUUGUAAAACUCAACAAGGCUUCAAUUAACAUGCUGCGGAUUGUUGAACCCUACAUUGCAUGGGGUUACCCCAAUCUGAAGUCUGUGCAUGAACUGAUCUACAAGCGUGGUUACGGCAAGAUCAACAGGCAGCGCAUUGCUCUGACUGACAAUUCUCUAAUUCAGCGGUGUCUUGAGAAAUAUGGCAUCAUCUGCAUGGAAGAUGUGGUCCAUGAGAUCUAUACUGUUGGCAAGAACUUCAAAGUGGUGAACAACUUUCUGUGGCCCUUCAAGUUAUCUUCUCCUCGAGGUGGAAUGAAAAAGAAAACUAUCCACUUUGUGGAAGGUGGAGAUGCUGGCAACAGGGAAGAUCAGAUUAACAGGCUCAUAAGGAGAAUGAACUAAUGGUGCCCAGCAGUGGACUUUCCUACUCUGAUCUGUUAAUAAAAAAAAAUUCUGUGCAUAAAUCUCAA